CCCAGAGAGGGCAGGAAGCAGACGUCUGGGGGUUUGUGCUAAGUGCCCACCGUGCUCUUCACAGACUCUGUCUCAACCAGUCCUCAUGACAGCCCAGUGAGGUGGAUAUUACUCUCGUCUUUAUAGAGAAACAAAAAGGAGGUGAGAUGAAUCAUCACAUCAGAGAGAUGAAGCAAAUUUCCCAGGGCCAUGUAGCUGAUGAUGUUGAUGAUGCUGACGAUGAUAUAGGUGACAUUUAAGCACCUACUAUGUGCCCGGCACUGUUCUAAACACUUCACAUACGUUAACUCAUUUAAUCUUAACAACGACUCCUGAAUUCUCAGAAUCGGGAAUCUGAAAAGUGACGUUAGCUGGGUAGUCUGACUCAGGGUUUCUCAUGAAGUGGCAGUUAUGAUGUCAGACAGUGUUGCAUCAUCUGAUGGCGCUAAUGGGGCUGGAAGGUUUGCGAGUGAGCUGUUGGCAAGAGGUCUGAGUUCCUCCCCACGUGGGCCUCUCUGCAGGCUGCUUGUGACACGGUAGCUGGCUUCUCCCAGGAGAGUCUACACCCAGAAGCUCGAGAUGGUCCUGAGUGGGGCGCUGUGCUUCCGAAUGAAGGAUGCAAAACUGAAAGUGCUUUAUCUGCACGAUAACCAGCUUCAAGCCGGAGGGCUGCAAGCAGGGAAGGUCCUUAAAGGUGAGGAGAUCAGCGUUGUCCCCAAUCGGUCUCUGGAUGCCAAGCUCUCUCCAGUCAUCCUGGGCGUCCAGGGUGGGAGCCAGUGCCUGUCGUGUGGGACGGGGCAGGAACCGACCCUGAAACUAGAGCCAGUGAACAUCAUGGAGCUCUACCACAGCGCCGAAGAGUCCAAGAGAUUCACCUUCUACCGGCGGGACACGGGGCUCACCUCUAGCUUCGAGCUGGCCGCCUACCGCUGGUUUUUCUGCACCGUGCCCGAAGCGGACCAGCCUCUCUGGGUCACUCAGCUCCUGAAGGACACCAGCUGGGACGGCCCCAUCACUGACUUCUACUUCCAGCAGUGUGACUAGGGCAACAUGCCCCCAGGGCUCCCAGGGCGGGCCAGCCUGGGCAGGGCCAGGAGGUGUAGGAGGAGACCCGUGGUGAUCAACCGGCCUCUGCUCUCAGGGCCUCCACCGUGGAGGGACUGGGCACACGGCCACUCUUCCUCCACCUGUUUCCCAGUUUGGAUAAAUCCUUCUGAGAUUUGGGGCUUAGUCCACAGGUUUCUUUUCUGCUGAGUGGCACUACUGAUGUGAAACCUUGCAGAAAGGUAAACCCCUAAGAUAAACCCCUAAGGGGUCAGGGUCAGGGUCGGGGGAGCGGUGGGAAUCCUUCAUGCUUUGUGGUAACGUACAGGCAACAAUCCUGUGCUUUGACCUGGAUUGGUCACAGUCUUCUGAGAUUCCAAGAGGCGGGAUCCAGCCUCCAAGGGGUCUCCUGCGCUGGUGGAAUACUGUUCCCCACAAUUCAUGUCCUUCUGGGAACCUCAGACUGUGACCUUUGUCAACUGAAGAAAAAUGUACAACCUUAAGUUGAGAGUUAUGUUUUAUUUGGUGGGCGUUCUGAGGGCUUCAAGCCUAGAAGACAGCCUCUCAGAUAACUCUAAGGGACUGCUCCGAAGAGGCAAGGGGGGAGCCAGGAUAUAGGAGUUUCUGCAACAAAGACCAGGUAGUUGG